UCUAGGGUUCUAGGGUUUCCAGACAUGGGUGAAGAAGUGAAAGAAAAGAAACCCAACAAAUAUGUUGAGGGAUUCAAAGGAUUUUGUACUUUUCUCUACAACCCAGAUGAUCACACAGUUUUUGGCAGAGGGGGUUCUAGUUGGGGAAAAAUUAUAAUCUUCUACUUCUUCUUCUACGCUUGUUUGGCAGCUUUCUUCGCCGUCUGCCUGAUAGUGAUGCUGAACACCCUGAGCGAUGACAAGCCUACAGUUAUCGGACGUACCAACAAACCUAAGCUAGCAGCCCCUUUCCAAGAUCUGUACAUCUUGAACUUCAAGAACGAUGCACAAUGGAAUAAAUACAAGGUGGCAGCCGACGCAUUAAAAGCAAAAUACGAGGGUAACAAAGAUAAGGGCGACGGAUUUUUCGAUUGGAGCUUUGAUAACCUUGGAGAAUGUUUCGAGUCACAAUACCCCAAAAACAGUGAUGAAAGUAAAGUGGGAUGUUUCUAUAUUGGACUUAACAGGAUUUACGAUUGGGCUCCAGAAGAAGGCGAGACGUUGUCUUUCGGUUGCGAAUGGGUCGUGGGAAAAACUGGAUCUGGAAACUUGGACCCUCCAUUCGAUAUGGAAAUGCAGAAAAAAGUCGAAAUCGCUGCAGCACUGAAAGCGUACUACCCUUGGACCUCCAUGGAAAAUAACGGUCUGCAGCCGAUGCAGGCUAUCAAGAUAACCUUGAACAAGGAUAAACUAGCUGCAAUGAACGAGACAGCAUCUCUCGACACCUAUCUUGAUUGCAGCGCUUACGUCAACGAGAAGAAGAUUGAAGAUUCAGGCAACGCCAACUUCGAAAUCAGAUACUCAAAAGACACGAUAGCCGAUGAAUAGUUUGGAUGUGGAUUUGGAGUGAGUCGGUGCAAGAGAUCUGUCGCAACUUAACCGUGCUGAUAAGAUCUACACAAACUCUCGUGAUCAUCUGAUUAUUACAUAGGUUACUAUUAUGAUGAGCUAGAUUUUGAUAUUAAUUUAUUGAACACCAUUAACAUUGCAAAACUGAUCAGUUUUCUAAAUUCUACUAUUAUAUAUACCUAUUUAUAAUGAUUUUAUUUUGUGUACUAAGAUUGAAGGCGAUUUUGUAAUUACGGAUUUCAAAACUAUCGAUAGCAUUUUGUUUACUUGUACCGAUUUUUCGUUCGAAAUUGAACAAGAAUUAUAAACGUGAAUAGACACUUUUUAGAUUUCUAUUGAUAAACAAUAUAACUUUCCUUUCGCAGCCAUAAUUGUUUUUCGUUGGUCAAAAAAUUAACACAAAAUAAUUCUUGAGUUCUUUCAUCAAUCACUCUCAGAAUCAUCGAUUUAACAAAAGUUGUACACCAGCCGAACUGAAUAUUAAAUACAUGCAUUUUUAGUUAGUUAUUAGUUCAAUCGGUAUAUUUAUCGUUUUAUUGAAAUGAUGUUAUUUUGAGCUUUAUUUUCAUACCAAUGCGAUAUUGGAUUUAGUAGUACAUAGUGCUUGGGUUAUUUGUUAAUGGUGCGCGUUUGUUGGAUUAACUAUCAUAAAAUGUUUGGAUGCUAGUUUAAAUAGUAAAGCGUAGAGGAGCUUGGAGUAAGAAUAAUCAUUAUUACAAUUUGUAUUCGUAAUUAGAUUGAUACAUAUUUUGCACAGUUUUUGUAAAGAAGCAGAUUUGUUCCCGUGUAAUCUAGGAGUUGAGAACUCGUUACAAUUGUUGAGUAUAAUACUUUCUGAUAUGAAAUCGUUUCACGGUAAAAAGGGUUUUACAAAGUUUCCGAGGUCUGAAAUCGUUAUAUUGUGAUAUACAAGUUAUUACUAAAACAUAAAUUCGACGUUUAGUCA